AUGCUGCCGCGUGACCCGUUUGACUGCCUUCGGCCACAAAACCAGCACGGGGCGACCUUUGGCAUUGUUGCUCGCUUCUCCUUAACCAAACCUCACCAUUCCACAGUCAGUAACCGUUUGCGGCCCGCGUUCGCCAUGAGCACCAAGAGCAAAACGUCGCUAGACGACGGCGACGACGACGUCGUCCGUAAGACAUUCUCGAGCACAUGCAGGAUGCCUACAGCAGUAAAAUUUCUGGGAUAUUGCCCGUUUCCUCCAGUUAUGAACCUCUACGGCAAUUCCUCUGGGGGCGUUAUUGGCGCACUGACUAUAUAUAAGCUCUGCGGUGCGGAUAAGAACGAAUUCUUAUAUGUUGUCGAGGUACAUUACGGCUUUACCCCUAGAGGACCGCUCAACUUCAGGCCGGGCUUCUACCUGCGGAACGGAACGGGAACCGAGGCCCCAAUUUUGGCGGCCGCCGGCGACGAAGAGCGAGAACCCCUUCUGAUGUCAACCUUUAGCGUGAAAAGUCUUAUUAUGGUGCCGCCGCCGUUAGACGAAGACGACGUCGAGUUCAACUUGAACCCUCGUGACUUAGUCACCGAGAUUAUGUACGCUACAAUAACCACCGACGCCCGCAAGGGCAAUAACGCUCUCACCUCCGCCACUCCGUCAUCUCGCCGCGCUACUCUCUCCGUCGCCGCCGCCGCCAGUCCCUAUCCUCUUCACGCCGCCGCCGCCACAAGACGGAACCGGGAAAGUUGGGAGCACCGACGUGGAGGACAAGUAGCCCACCCUAGGUCUGAAUUGAAUCUUGCCGCGCUGUCCAUCGAUAAACAACAACAGCUAGCUAUGAACGCCGCUGUCACCAACUAUACUGGCGACGAAAUCUCUAUUGUUAACCUUACAACAAGAUGGGCGGAUUUGGACUUAGGCUUAGAUGGGGACAGCACUAUCAAAGUCUUCGAGGGACAGACGGAGGUCGGUGAAGUCACAUCCGUGGACCUGAGGGAGGACAACCUGUUCGCCAUGGUCGGCCCCGACGCAGGGGUCUUCAAAGGAUGGGAGUUAUACUGUCAGCAAGGACAAGUAAACUUGAAGCUGAUUGAUACAUCAUCCAUCAUGAUUAAGGCCCCGCUCCUCCAUGAAGCUCUUUUCCUUGGCUCCCAAACCGCGUUACAGAUCUAA